AUGUACUUUGCUAUUUCAAAUCCUGGUGGCGAAAUGGAUGAGUUGAGAAAGCAACCGCUGAACGAAAUCACCGACAACAAUUUUGACCGACUCGGUUGGUACAGAAUGGAUGAGAACGGCAAAUUCCAUGUGAACAACGGUAUUGUCAAGAUGGAAGAAAUUCAUAAAGCAAAGGUUAAAAAUUGCCACGAACAAACUUACAGGAGUAUAAUUGACGCAAAAAACUACAUGCCCGGCAAUUUCAACCUGUCGAGGCCUUUGGAAAUGGUAUAUCCCUGGAUUCAAAGCGCUCGAGUCUAUGAUGGCUCUCAAAGGCAAGUGGUCGUCACCCAUGCCGAAGGAACAAAUCUUCACGUCACAUUGCAAGUAAACGGCGAAGUCGAUGGACAUAGGUUGGUCUUUUUCCACAACUCCUCAAGGAUAUCCGACUUUACAGGCACAAUUAUUGUCGACUCAAGGAGUAACAAGUAUUUCAAUGUGACCGUUUAUGGUGCUUCGGGAAAAAUCAACGGCGCUGUGAAAUACUCAACUGAAAGGGAUUCUGAUGAGAUAUUCUCGUUCACUACUUACGUUCAUGACCUAAGCGCUUCUAAUCGAUCUAUGAUUAUUCCAAUGCCGGCCAUUGUGGAAUCUGGAUCGCGAAUGAUAUGCAUGUACGCUGAUGAACAACGUGAAGAGC